AUGCUACCAACAUGUGCUAUUUGUAGCGGUAAGGUUCAACGUAGUUCUCUUGCUAUUGAGUGUGGUGACUGCAACGGUGUAUUGCAUGCUCAUUGUGCUAAUUUGUCUCAAAAUGAGAUUGAUUAUAUGAAUAAAAACAACACAACAUAUACUUGCUCCAUUUGUAGUCGUCGUCGCCGGCAAUCUGUUAACGAUGAGAGUGUUAUUCAUACAAUCAACUCUCCUACGAUAAGUAUAACCAAUACACAAGCAAAUACACAAGAUAGUAUUAAAAAUUCUAUCGCUACAAGUAUUAAUUCGCUUACUUUACCACAAAAUAUGUCUACUACUAAGUCAAUCAUAAACCAGCAAAAAACAAAUAGUUCUUCAGCAUAUCUUAAUUCAUUGGAAGUUCUUCCUGAUUUAUUAUUUAUAAGUGAAAUUUGGAUAUUCGAUUGGGAAGUGGAUGAUUUUUGUAUUCCUGGUUACUCGUUUAAUGCUGCAUGUAAUUCAUUAUAUUCUGCUGGUGGUGUUAAAAUUAAGAAUACAAAAGAUAAUUACUACUUUAGUAAAUUGAAUGCAAAUAGGGGUAAUUCUAAAGUUGAAUGGCAAAUUAUGAAUUCUAUUUUAAAUAAAGAUAUGGUUUUAGAUCCUAAUAUUGUGCUUGAAGAUGAAUCUGUUAUUUUAAGUAAUCCAUCUGAAGUUUCCAACUGUUUUAGUAAACAUUUUAAUAGUGUUGGUAAAAAUUUGUGUAUAGAUAGUAGUGAAAUUCUUGAUCGUAAUUGGGUUUCGUCGGAUAUUAUUCCUGAAACAUAUGGCCGUGAAAGUUUCUUUUUUGAACCCUUUACGGCAUCAGAAAUUCAUAAAUUAAUAGUGGGUUUGAAAAGCUCGAACUCUAAGUCAUCAGAUUUACUAUCUUCUAAUGUUUUGAAAGAGAUAUCUUUUCUUAUUGUUGAUGUUUUAUGCCAUAUUUUUAAUUCAAGUGUUUAUACUGGUAAUUUCCCUAACGAUCUUAAAACAGCCGUAGUUAUUCCACUUUUUAAGAAAGGUAACACUUUAGACCCUGGUAAUUACAGACCAAUUUCAAUUCUUUCCCCCCUUUCGAAAGUGUUUGAAAAGGCCAUGAAGCAUAGAAUUCUUAAUUUUUUAAAUAAAACAAAUUUUUUCUCAAAUAAUCAGUUCGGCUUCAGAAAAGGAAAAUGUACCGAGGAUGCUUUGCUGAAGUUUUGUACUGAGAUUUGUGAUGGUUUAAAUGCUGGUAAUACGUGUGCUGCAAUUUUUAUUGACAUUGCUAAGGCAUUUGACACAGUUCAGCAUUCACUCUUACUUCAUAAAUUAUUUAAUGCAGGCUUCAGGGGUUUUGUUUUAAAUUGGUUUGAAUCUUUUAUUUCGAAUAGAAAACAGAAGGUAAGAGUUGGUAAUUCAUACAGUGGUGUAACUAAUGUAAAUAUGGGUGUACCGCAGGGCUCGGUUCUUGGUCCAAUAUUGUUUCUUGUUUUUAUCAAUUCACUAUUAAUUCAACGUUUUAAGGGUCAUCCGACUGCAUUUGCAGAUGAUACUUCUUUCUCAUACAGUUGUAAAAAUCGUUUCAGUGUAUUUAGCGAUAUGAACUAUGAUUUGGACCUAAUUAGAAGGUGGUUUUACGCUCAUGGGCUUGUUAUAAGCUCAAAGACUAAAUAUAUGCUUUUUAGUCUAACUGGCAAUUUUCGUGAUAUGGGUGAGCUUUACUACCAUUCACCUAAUUGUAAAAAAUUUCCAAUGGUUCCAACUUCAAUUGAUAAUUUGGUCUUAAUUUUGAUAGUAAAUUGA